AUGAAGUCUCGGGAAACUUUAUUCACAGAUUCAACUUUUAAGCUUACUGUACCUAACGGUAUAGUAAACUGUACCGAAGAAGAAUUUGAAAACAUUUUUACCUCGACGGAAAGAACACAAGCAUUUUAUGACGAACUCCUCUACUUUUAUCUUCAUAUCUGUCUUCCCAAUGAUUCUAGCAUUACUGAUAAAGAAGCAGCAACAUUGUUUUUCCAACAACUUGAAAUAUUCGUUGAAGCAUUAAUCAUCGAUGCAAAUGCAUCUUCUGCUUCGAAUCCACUUCCCGCUCCUCCGCCAGUAUAUCGUUUACCUCCGGGUAAAUCUCGUGAAACUUCUACAGCGACUUCGCCCUCGAUACCAGGUACUCCUUUACCACCACUUAUGGACAAGAGACCAUCUAAACCACCAGAUGGUACAAUAAUAUAUUCUUAUUUAUAUAACCAAAAAUCGAAGGAUCGUCAGAUGUUGGUCUUUGAAAGGAAUGGGUCAUGGUCAUGUUUGGUACCAUUGGUAGUCCCCGUAGCUUAUGUAAAAACCCGUGCUCAGACUCCGGCAUUAGCACUUAAUGCAACUAUUACGCAA